CGCCCCCGCCGGCCCCUCCCGUCUGCCUCCCUGGCCCGCUACCGUCGCGUCGCCCCGGCUCCCCUGGCUCAUCGGACGCCCCGGCUCGGCCAUGGCGGACUUCGAUGAGAUUUACGAGGAGGAGGAGGACGAGGAACGGGCGCUGGAGGAACAGCUGCUGAAGUACUCCCCAGACCCGGUGGUGGUGCGCGGCUCUGGCCAUGUCACCGUGUUUGGACUAAGCAACAAAUUCGAAGCAGAAUUUCCUUCAUCCUUAACUGGAAAGGUUGCACCUGAAGAAUUCAAAGCCAGCAUCAGUAGAGUUAACAGUUGUCUUAAGAAGAAUCUUCCAGUUAAUGUGCGAUGGCUACUAUGUGGAUGCCUUUGCUGCUGCUGCACUUUAGGUUGUAGUAUGUGGCCAGUUAUCUGCCUCAGUAAAAGAACACGAAGAUCGAUUGAGAAGUUAUUAGAAUGGGAAAACAAUAGGUUAUACCACAAGCUGUGCUUGCAUUGGAGACUAAGCAAAAGGAAAUGUGAAACGAAUAACAUGAUGGAAUAUGUAUUGAACUAUAAACAUGAUUUAGAAUCCUGUAUUAAGUGGCAACAAUUCUGAAGUCAUCCUUAUAGAAUUUUUACCAAAGACACCGAUUUUUCGACCAGAUUAGCAUUUGAUUUAUUUAUAGAGACUUAUUCAAGUAUGUUGUCUUUCCAAUGGUGCCUUGCUUGGUGCUCUCCUGGUAGUGACAUAACAUUGAUUCUACAGAAUCUUGUGGUGGUUUCAUUUGUUUUUUGUUUGUUUUGGUUUUUUGUGUUUGUUUUGAUUUAUUUUUGGUUGGUUAGUUGUUUUUUUGUGGUUUCUUUUUUUAAAUAAGAGUAUGUUCUAAGUGCAUUUGGUCAAACUCUGCAAAGUAAUUUCACACAAAUGUUAAUUACUACUUAAGUUAUUUUUACUUUUGCUACUUCUGUUUAUUAAUGUAUCUUGAUUUUCAGAAGUCUUUUAUAUGUGUGUGCGCGCGUGUGUACAUAUAUAUUACUAUAAAUACACAGCUGAAAAUUAUAUACAAGUGAACAGGUAUUUUUUUAUCCCAAUAUGAUACAACUGAUUGACUGUACAUUGUGUAAAUCCCUUUAGUCGUUCAUUUACAUACUGAAGUUCCUUCUAAGAUGUUUGGAAACUUCUGUCAGUGACUAGUCAAUUGUAAAUACUUUUAUUUCUUUUUGGGAUAUUGACUAUCCCUUCCAGCAAAAGGAGACAAAAUUCUUCUUGAAACUGUGAUUUUUGGAACCCAGAUGUUGUUAGUAGAAAUCUCUAUGCUUUUCAUGAAGUCCUGUCAACUGGUUCUGAAAAAGUUGGCUUUAAAAAUUUAAAAAAAAAAAGGCAGCCAAGUGGAAUUAUUUUACUCAGACUGGAAGAAUCACUGCGAGCAUUGCAUGCAUCUGGUUAGUAGAACUCAAGAUCACGAGAGUAUAUUAUUGCAUUUUAUAAUGUAGCUGUUUUAAUUCAGUCAUUUGCCAUGUGCCAGCUUUAUUCAUACUGUUUACCAGAUCCUGUACACCGGGGUGCAGAAGGACUUGUUUUACUAAAACUUAAUUGCCCAAGAAGGCCUUUCAUGUUUUUUUGUUUUGUUGGGUUUUUUUUGUUUAUUUUAAAGCCACAUAAACAGAAAAAGGUUAUUGAAGAGUUCUUGAACAGUGUAGUUCCAGAUGCAAAUGCCAUGUGCUAAAAGUCGUCAAAGCAGGGUGUACUGGGCAACGGUGUUUAGAUGUGUCAGGCAGUUAUUUAUUGCACCCUUUCUUUUGCUCAUUUUGGUUUACAAAGGUUGUUUUCUGCACAAGUAUAAGACUUUUUAAAACUGGAUAUAUGAUGUCUGUUUGGGUCAGGCCAGUUAUAUUUCAUUUCUUCUGAUAAUACUUUAGUUGUACAUAUCUUCACAUAUAGCUUUUGGGGUUUUUUUUUAAUCGCAACUCUCAUAUUGUAAAAUUUGCUUUAGGUAUCUAAAAUUACUGAAACUACACAAAAUUGAUGUAUGUUAAGAACAUGUUCCUUGUACAGUUGUGUUAGCAAGCAAUAAUGUGAAUAUAUGAAAAAAACCAGAUAUACUCUGCUUAAUAUUUGUAUGAAUGAAAAGUUGAUACCACUACAAAAAUAGUCUUCUCUUUUUAAACUUUUAAAUACGAGUUUUAUUUCAAGGUAAUGUAUUACAGGUACCUUGAUGCUGUGAACUAUUUUUCUAUGUCUUCAAAAUAUUUAUUCUCUGUAAAAUAUUCCCUAGUGAGUAUUAUAUUCCUAAACUGUUCAUAGUGGGAGUGGUCUAGAAAGUUCUAAGUUUUCUUAAAUCUAAGCCUUCUGUAUCUGUUCCCAAAAUUCAUCCUUUGCUCACCUGUCAUCUGUGGAUUCCUACUGUUCACUUAGAAAAUAGCUCUGCUAUGCUUUUCAUACAAGCCUACAAGGGUGUUUCUUUGACUUGACAGAGUGUGAUUUUUAAUUAAUGAAUCCCAGUUUUGUGCUGGUCUUGGUUUUCUGAGUGCCACCCAUUAUUUCUCUACAAAGAAAAAAAAUGUUUAUAAUCUUCUAAAAAUCAAUUUCAACCUUUCUUCAGUACAGAUAUGGGUCUGCUGCACUCCUCUCACCCAGAAGUAGUAAUUAUAACCUCGGACUAGUUUCAGCCUGCAGGAGGACAGGGACAGAAACCUAACACUGAUGGCAGCAGAAACUGGGGAGGUUGGAGGUGCAGAGGAGAGGUUGGAAUUGAGCAGAAGUGGUAACUGAUGAUAAAUACUUAUGACCAGAAGUAUAUAUUGAUUUCUUUUAAAUGUCACCUUUCAAUAAAAUGGAUAUUGGAUCAUAUGAGGCCUAGAUUUUAUAAAAAUUUUCAUUUGACUAUGGAGAUAAUUUGUGUCAUGGAUGUGGUUUUCCACUGAUGUGGAAACUUAUCCCUCCACUCUGGUGGAGUAUAUGGCUUGUGAUAUGUUCAUAGCAGCUAUUUGCCUUAGUUUACUACUCAAACUUCCAUCGUAUGUUCUGUCCAUGUCCACAGCUACCUUGCCAGCAGCACCCAAACCCAGUGACAGUAGAGGUGCUUUGGGUGUGAUGUGUGCUGAGACCAGAGCAGAGUGUGGCUUACAGAGUAUCCAAUUAGUAAAGCUUCCACAUUAUCGGUAGUGAUGCUUAAGAGCUUCUCUACUUCUAGGUGCAUUAGCAGUCACAGGCUUGGUUAGCAUGCAUUUCUGUAUCUUAACUGUGACUUUCUCUUUAAGAAAUAGUAUAGAGAUCCAGCGUAGAGCUCUGAGCAAUUAAAAAGUUAAAUCCCUUUCUAAGGAGGCCAGACUUGCUCCCUCAAAAAGUAUUUUGGAUAUUUUAUUAAAACGUCUCUGACUUAAAAUAUAAUCAAGAAACUUGAGAAGUUCUUUAUAUAGAGAGAUGAGUUUUAUCUCAGAAGUGGUACUCUCCUGAAGUAGUAGUAUACUCACCUGGUAAGAAUGUUACAAACCAUUUUCAUACAAUCCCUUUCAAUUCAUUAAUUGCAAUGAUGGAAAUUGAAGAUGGCAUGAGCUUUAAUCAACUGUUCAGUGCCUGCGGCAGUUGUCAGGAUUUUCUUUUGAUGUUGCGUCUGAAAUACUAAAUCUAUUUAUUUCAAUUGCUAGUAAGAAGACAUUAUAUUACCUUUUUUGUCACUUGGUGAAGAAUGAAAUUGUAGUUUGAGCAGACCAGAAGCUAUAGUAGGACUUCCAGGACACAGCCUACUCUUUGCUAAAAUAACUAUUACAUUAUACUAACUUUUUUAGCUUCUUGCAACUUGGCAAUUCCUAGAAAUAAUCUUAUCUAUUUCAAAUUUCCUUGAAGAGUUAGGUACCAAGUUGAUAUUAAUCAUUUAGCGAGUGAUGUUAAUUAUGCCUGUUCCAUUUUUAGCCUGCUAAACUAAUGGUGAAGGCAUUAAUGAAUUCCUGUGAGACAUAAUUAUUAUUUUUAGAUAUAGUCACCUUUAACUGGUGAAUAAAGAUUUCUUUCUUACUGUAAUAUAGUAAAAACAAAUUCUUUUAGAUUUUUCAGUCAUAGGUGGAAAUAAGUUCUGAGGGAGAAGACUUCCUCUCUGGCCCUACGUGAAGAAUUCUGAAGACCUCAUCUGUUGUUAAAUAGCUGUGACUUGAAAUUUAUAUUGUGAUUGACAAACUUCACCAGAAAUUAAAAUGUUUAUAGAGAUAGGCUACAGGGAGUCAGUAAAUUUUUUGUAAUAGGUCAGUAAGAGCAAUUCUAAUAAACUAUUUAUGCAAAUCCAAAAUUUCCCACAAUAUUUAAACCCAAGUAGAAUAGUUUUUAAAAACUUUCUACAGUACUUAGCUGUAAAUUAUAAUCUCUAAAUGAAUUUGUUAAAUGAUAUGUUUUUGUAAUUCUCAAGACCAUGAUGUUUAAAUCUAAUAUGCUGUCUCUCAGAUACAAGCUUACUUAAGUCAGUUUUAAUUUUUAAAUUUUUUUCUAAAAGUCAUUAUUUCUCCCCAAAGGUUGUAGGAAGAACUUUAAAAUACAAUCUGUAACUGCUUAGAAGCCAGGAACCAAGGAAAAAGAACUUGUCUUUAUUCCCUUCUCUCCACUCCCCACCCCAAAGUCUUAAUUUUAAAUUGGUCCCCUUGUUUUGGAGCCCUAGUUCAUGGGUUUUGAGCAGCUGGCAAUAAUGCAAAUUGUCCACCAAAAACCCCAUUUGAAUUCUGAACAGUUUAAAGGGAUCACUUUAAUUGAUGAAGUGAAAGACUUGUUAAGCAAAGAAAAUCCAUGGUUCUUUUAAAUUAUCCCAGCACUGCUGUUGUGUAAUUAGAAGAAGGAUCAUGAUGACCCUACAUUAGGUCAAAAUCCAUAUGAUUUUGUGUAAAGGAAACACUCAAUUAGAAAGGUCUCAGAGCCUCAAAUGUCUUUGAUUCGUAGUAGUGACUUAUUAAGGGUAAGUGCCGCUGGCUAGUUUUGUAUCUGUGACUAAAAUCAUUUAUGUUGCUCUUCAGCAACCUUGCUUAUGAAAAGAAAGCAUUUCAGAAAUCUGUAUUCAUCACUGCUAAUUUGCUGUAAUUUUUGUGCUUCUCCCUAUAGCCGCGUUGCAUUUCCGUGACAAACAGCUAAGUCUAUGAUGAUUACAAUGCCUUUAAUAGCCAUAUUGUAGGUAGAAGUAUUAACUUCUCAGGGACUAAUAGGAAAUAUGAAUAUGAAACUAAUGAGCUGAAUGCCUAUCUGCAUGAAGGCUUACUUUGCAAAUGUCACCCUAGAAACUUGAUUGUAAUAUGCAUGACCAUUAUGAAUGUUAUCAAUAUAAAGAUAUGAGAGCUUCUUUUACCCUGUAUUACUGGGCUGCUGAAUGUCAAAGUAUGUUGGAUAAGGAUAAAUGAAGGGGGUUUUUUUCUGACUUGGAUGAAGUGAUUAUUUCUAAUGGUGCUACCUUCUUAAAUCCUGUGUUUAUUCUUUGUAAAGUUUUCUCUGUAGGCUGGGUGAAUUGGGGGAUACUGGUGUACUAAAAAACAGUAUAAUUCUUCUUAAGGAAGUAGAAUAAUUUCAAGGGGAGAAGUACUCCAGAAGUGAAAAAAUUUAUUUUAAUUUAUUCUUCAUUAGAUACCCGUUUGUAUUAUUUUGUUGGUAACCGUAUUUUGCAGUUCAUUAAUUUUUGAACUUUCAUCUUUCUGCACAUUGAUGUUUCAAUCAGUGUAGGCUGGAUUAGAAACCAUAUUCAAAAAAUGAAAACCCCCUGAUUUCCUUGCAUGAAACUUCAUAUAUUGACACUUGUGCUGGUGCAUGGAUGUAUCCCUACCAUAUAACACUGGGUCAUAUACAUCUUUUGUAAAACUAGAUUUUACUGGUUUCAUGGAAAUUGUUCUUUAAAAAAAGUCUUCUGAUUUGUUUAGCUCAUUAAUGUUUCAUUAAGAUUUAUUUUAUUGAAAAAGGAUUCAUAAAUGCUUGGCUCCUCAAAAUACAACAGACCAGUAGGAACAUUUUGUGAGGCAAAAGAUGAAACAUGGGAAUUAGGAGAAGCAACACUCAAAAGAUUGGAUUUGGGGGUUAGGUUUAGAGUUCUGUGAAUAUGACAGAAAAUAGUUUUGAGCUGAAUGAAAUGGUAUUGGAUGAUGCAAGUCAAGCGAAAGCUAGCAGUCCAUUUCAGUCAUUAUGUAAUUGUGUGUUAAAUUCUGUUCACUUUUUUAAUUUUGGUGUAUUACUAAUUUAUUUUGGUUAUGCUCUAGUUGAUAGACAAUUCUGCUAUCAUGCAGAAUAAUAAUGCAGAAGGUAAGCUUCCUUCUAAACUCAGCAUCUCUUCAUUUAAAAUAGCCAGACCAAAAUGGAAUUGCUGAUGAGACCUGCACUGAGUGCAGAACAGUCUUUUCCUGAGCUGGAGCCUGUAAUGCGUGGCUAAUUGUUUCCAAAGAAAAUUCUUGACCUGUCCAGACAGCUCCUGUCUUGUGACAGUAUAUCUAAGGCCCACAAGUAGGAUCUGGUUAGUACAAUUUAAGUUCAGGUAAGUAAGACUUUUGUAGUUAACUGUAGUUUUUUACAGAGAAGGGAACCAUUGACAAAUGCUCACUUUUAGAGAACAAAUAGAUUUUUAUAUUUAUUGAAACAUGCUUUUUUGUUUGCUCCUCAUUUAUAGCUUAAUAAUUGAAAGUUACUUUGUCUCAUUUUGAAAACUAGACUUAGUAGUCAGCUGAAGACUUUUUUUUUGUUACGGUAUUUUAGGUUUAUGAAUACAUUUUUAAAGUCAUGUUUAGAAAUGUUUCAAAAAGUCAUAUCCUGAUGUAAUGUAACUGAUAUUUUUAGUGGCUGUAUGUUUAAACUGGUUUCAUUGUGCUGAUAUAGAUACCUAACUCAUCCACUCCAAGUGUUUAACUCUGAUCCUUUUAUGCUAGCAAUAGGCUUUUUAAGUUGUUGGAAUAUGCAGUGUACCUAUGGUUAAUAUUGUCAAUGAACAGUUUGCUUCAGUGAGAUAACAGGGAAUGCAAAGUAGUUCCUGAUUUGAAAAGUGUAACCCAGAUUCUUGUUUUCAUAAAGGAUGGAGUAUGGCAAUCAGAAUAUGAACUCAUUCCAAACAUAAAUUUGAAAGAGAAUAGUAAACUACAAAACAGUGCCUAAAUACUGUGCGCUAAAUCAGACCUGUGUAACUCAUGUUGCUUUAAAAGAAUUUGUAGAGAAUUGCGAUGGACUGUGUGUGCUUAGGAAAGACCUGUUAAAUGUAUGAAGCAGUAAUGGUAAAUAAGUUACUGAAAAGAUGUUGCCAUCAAGAGGGAAAACUUAAAACACAGUAUUUUGUAGUAUGUUAAAAAUCCAUUUCAAGCAGAAAGUGUAUAAGCAAUAAUUUAACCUAAAACUGGAAAUUAAAGAAGCUGCUACUUAUAGAGAGACUUGAUGUUAAUUUUGCCCGUUGGGCAUGUCUCCUCUCACAAAGAGUUUAGAAAGAUAGGGUUGGUGUUCCACUAUUGUAACAUUCCUCUUCAAGUAUCCUAAGUCCAGGUGAGAGACUCAAAGCUUAGAAGCCAGUACUGUGUUUGCAGGGUGCACAGCUUUGGGAGGAGAAGAUAGAAAUCAAAGGACUUUUUUAAGGCUGCACAAUUGUAUAUAUGCAUAUUUAAGAAUAUUUAACCAUGUGUGCUAAAUUACUGAGGCUAAUCUAUUGUUGAAUUAUAGAAUAUUAUUUAAUACAUUGACAUUGGUUUUUCCUGACCUGACCCAGAAUUGGAAUGGACUCCAAUAUAACUUUUUUAAAAGCAUUUCUUAAGUUGUAUGUAUUAUAAACUAAUAAAAUAAUUGUUAACCUA